AUGUCUCAACGUGCUCGUGUCGCUGCCGCUCGUGCAGCUAAAAUAUCUGCUGCUUCUUCAUUUUCUCAAUCGAAUAAUAAAUCAAAAUCAAAGAAAAAAUCUGUUCCUAUUCGUAAAAUUACACGUAGUAGUGCUAGUAGUGGUGCUGUACAAAAGAAAACACCAGUAAAAACAAAUAAAAAAUCUUCACCAACAAAACGUCGUCUUCAACAGCGUUCGUCAACAAGUACACGUUCAUCAACACGUCCAACUACUGUACCAACACCACCAACAACAACAACACCAAGAAAAAAACGUUUGUCUGGUUUAACAGCUGCAACUCUUCUUCAAUAUUGUACCAAUGUUCUUUCACCACCAUCAAAUGAAAAACAACAAACAACCAAAAGACAAUUACGUUCCACAAAUAGUAGUCCUAUGUCACGAAAUAAUCCAACUACGACUAAUAGAAAAAAGACAAAAACUAAACCAAAAGUGACAAAGAAACAAGCAGCAGCUAAUACACGUUCAACACGUGCGCGAAAAGUAGCUGCAGCAGCAAUAGCUACCUCUGAUGAUGAAAGUAGUGAAGAUAAUGACAAACAAGAAGAAAAUGACGAGGAUGAUGAUGAUGAUGAUGAUGACGACAAUGAUAAUAAUAUCAAUAAUAAUAAUGAUAAUGAUAAAACUUCAGAUGACAAUACUAGUGACAAUAAAGAUACAAGUGAAGAAGAAAAUAGUGAUGAUGAAAAUAUUCGACCAUCACGUCAUCGUACAAAAAUAAAAACAAAACCACCAGUAAAUCGACGUAAACGUAAAGUAUCAAAUAAUUCAUCAAUAGAAGAUGUUAAACCUGUUCCACAACCUGUUCAACCUGAAUUAAAUAUUCAUACACGUACACGUCGUGAAGCAAGUUCACGUGCAUCAGCAAUGAUUAUGCAACAAAAUGAAAUUGAACGUAGUCGUUUUAAUUAUAGCUUAGCUAAUGAACGUUCAGCAUCAACUACUCGACGACGUCGUACUAAAAGUACAGUUACAAAUAAAGAAGAACCUCAAAUUGCUGUUAUUCCUGAUCCUCCUGAACAACCAUCUAUUGAACCAUUUAAAUUUAAUGUUCCAUCUGUUCCUCCAGCACCCAUAACAGCUCCACCGCCUGCAACAACAAUGGCAACAGCAACUACACCGACUACAACAACAACACCAGCAGCUACAGCAACAGCAAAUCGAAAAGUAACACCACCACCAUCUGUAUCAAGUGUAGCUGCACCAGCAUCAUCAAUAGCUAAUGCGUCCAAUAAAACUGAAUAUGCUCAAUCAUCAAAUGCUGUUUCAACAAAACCUAUGCAUCAAUUACCAUCAACAACAACCACAACAACAUCUAAUUCAAAAUAUCCAUCAUUAACAGAAACAAUUUUAGCUGAACAUGAUCGUAUACAUGGUACAACACCUCCAUAUCACACAACAAAACGUGAUAAUCUCAUUAAAUGGACACAAGACUUAGCAUUAUAUGAUCGUUUAUCACCACCUUUUCCUGAACAUGAAAUUCCACUUGAAUCAUUUCAUGGUGCUUCAUCAUCCAUAUCAUCAACUACAACAACAACAAACGAUCAAGUACAAUCAACUCGUGGAAUUAUUAUUAGUCAAAAUAAUAGCAAUAGCAAUCAAAGUACUAGUGCAGCAACAAAUAAUGGUGGUUCAAUUAUUGGCGGUACUAAUUCAUCAUCAACAACAGUUGCUGGUACAAGUACAGCAACAACAGGUGGUACCACAAGUAAUAAUACACAUAGUAAAUCAACAGCUAAAGCAACACCAUUAUUACCCCCAACAUCUUUACUUAAACAACCAACAAAUACUAGUACAACUAGCACAAAUUUCAUUCAAAAAUCACGAGCAUCUAUAAAGGGCUCAAAUACAGUAACAGCAACACCUAUAACUGUAUCAGAUCAUACAGUUUCAUCAACUCCUUUAAUCAAUUCUUUUGCAAAUAUAACACCAGCUAUUAUUGGAGGAACAACUGCUAAUACAUCUUCAUCAUCAUCAUUAUCGUCACGACCACUUUCUUCGUCACUUGAUCAUCAUCAUCAUCAUCAUCCACAUUCAUCAACAACAUCAACACCAAUCCCAUCCAAUAAUGUCAAUAAUCCAACAAAUCCAGCUUUUCUUUCACCAUCCGCUGCUGCUGCUGCGGCGGCGGCAGCAGCGGCCGCUGCAGCUGCAUUUCCUAUUGAUAUACGUUCAUUCUAUCCUCUGUUGCCUUGUUGGCAAUAUCCUGCUUGGACAUUUCCAACAUCAGCAUCAUUACUUAGUCAACAAGCUAAUUGUCUAAUUCAACCACCAUCAGCACUUCCACCACCACCACAACCUGUUGUUCAUCAUAAAACAUCUAUAACACGUCAUCGUACAACAACACAUUUAGAAACUAAACAAAAGAAAUCAUCAACAGUAAUAACAUCAACAAUUAAUACAAAUAAUUCAACAAGCAAUACUAAACAACAACAAUCAAUUGUACCUGUAUUUGAUCAACAAUCAAAAUCAUCUCUAUCACCAAAAAAAGAAGCAUUAACAUUUCAUUUACAUACACAUCAUCAUCAUCAUAUACAUAAUCCUAAUCCUCCAAUAUCGUCUUCUUCUAAUACAUCAUCAUUAUUAAAAUCACCAAAUCAAACUAAAACAACAACAGUACCAUUAUCUCCUCAAAAAUCAUGUGUUUUAGUUAAUAAAGAACAACUUGUUGAAACUAAAACAAUUCUACCAUUAAGUGUAAAUAAUGUUGUUAAAAAAGAACAUCAACAAAUUUCAACUAAUGAUUUAUCAUCAUCAUUAUCAUCACCAACAACAGAAAAUGAAGCUUUAAAUUUUUCUAUUAAACAUUUAUCAGCAAAAAAACCUAUUAUAAAUGAAUCUGAUGGAAUUAUCAGAAAGAUAACACCAAAAAAGGCAUCGCCAGUUAAAGGACGUAUUAAUUCUGGAUCAAAAUCAAAUACUUCGCCAACACAAUCAAUUGGUGAUCGAGUACCAUAUACAAUUAAUUCAAUCAUAACAUCACCAACAAAAUCAUAUGGUAUUAAUUUACAUACAAGUCCAUCUAAUCAACGUCAUCGUUUAACAAAUUCAACUGGAACAUCAGCAACGAUUAUUUCACCUGUCUCAAAUAUUCUUAAUUCAAAUAAUGAAUUAUUAAUUCGUAGUGAAAAUUUAAAGCGUAAUCAUAAACGUCGUAGUGUAUCAGCAGCAACAGCUAGUGCAACAACAUUUAUAACAUUAACCGGUAAAAAUUCUCGUACAUCACGUACAAAUUCAUCAUCAACUUUACCAAUACGAUCAAAAUCAUCAACAAAUAUAAUAAAUACAAAACGAUCACAUUCACCAUCUUCUGUUACAUUAGUUGGAUCAAAUAAGAAUUCAAAUCAAAGAAAAAAACAAAAAAUUUCACAUUACUGGGCUUUGUUUGGAAAAUCGGAACAAAAAUUAGUUUCAAUUGAUGCUGACAAACCGCCGGUUUAUCGCGAAUGUUAUUCAUCAAUUCGACAUGUUAUAGAGAAAGAUAUAAUUAAAUCAGAUGAUUGCGUUUUAUUACGUCCUGAGAAUGCUGAACAUAAUGGUAUGACACCAUAUUUAGCUAAAGUCAAAUGGUUUUGGGAAGAACCAGAAUCAGGUGAAAUUCAAAUGUCACUUGUUUGGUAUUAUCAUCCUGAACAUAGUGAAUUACCAUUACGUGUUAAACAACAUUUUCUAUCUAAUGAAGUGUUAGCAUCGAAAUAUUGGGAUUGUGUUAAUGUAGCUUGUAUUGAAGAUAAAUGCUAUGUACUUAAUCUUAAUGAAUAUAAUCGUUACUGUAUACGUGAAAAACCAUCAGAUCUUUUUGAACAUCCUGAAUCAGUUGGACAGUUAAAAUCUCUGUUAAACAGAAAUACUCCCACUAUUCAACAUCGACUAUUACCAUCAAAAAAUGUCGAUAAUCAAAACAUAUUCUUUUGUCGCUAUGUAUAUGACUAUCGAGCGAAACGUAUUUUAAAAAAUCCAAGUUUAAAUAAUCCUAAUACAAAUCCGACAACAACAAUAACAACAACAACAACAUCAUCAUCAAUAACAACGACGACGACGACGACAAUUAAUCCUACUACUACGACAAAUAUUGUAUCUACGGCAGCACACAUGUGA